CCUGCCCCAUUCCCUGCCCCCCCCGAGCCAGCCGGUCCCCUGACCCGGGGCCGGAUGGGAGCCAGCGCCCCCUAGAGGGGACAGGCCCCUGCCCCAUUCCCUGCCCCCCCCGAGCCGGUCAGUCCCCUGACCCGGGGCCGGAUGGGAACCGGCGCCCCCUAGGGGGGACAGGCCCCAUGUCCCGUUGCCCAUUCAACAGCCCCCCUAUUUCCUCUCCCAAAGACCCCACCCCACUCCCAGCCGACUCCUCUGAAUUUCUGGGCCCAAAUCCCCGCAGGUCCCUUUUCUGCCACCCCCCUUCCACCCACUCCCCAAAUAGGGAACUGAGCUCAUCAUUUCUCUCAUAGCUGCUCCAGGGCCCCACUUCCUUCCAGGUCUUUCACCAUUUCCUCUCCUCCUCUUCACUCUUUCUCGUUCACUCGUUCCUGCACAGUCCUGCAGCAGAGGAGCUGCCACGUGCUGGUCCUGGGCUCAGACCCCCCCACACACACCCCAGCCCCAGCUGCAGCUACGAGCUGGCCCCAGCUCUCCAGCCACAAGGCUGGUGUGUGUCCGUCCGGCGCGUCUUCGGGCCCCUCUCUGCUCCGGACCCGUCCCUUGAGCCCUGGCGCAGGACACCAUGGCGGUAUCGGGGGCCUGGCCCCAGCCGAAAAUCCCGGCUACGCUCCUGCUUCUCCUGGUAGCUGCAGCCUGUGCAGAGACGGCACCCGAAAGGAAGGGGAACGACAGCUCAGCCACCCAUGAGACAAGGCAGCUGGAAACUGCCUCGCCUUCGGCCGCAUUCGCCAGCCACAGCCCCGGCCUCUCUGCCGAAUUAGCCAGCCACAGCCCCGGCCCCUCUGCCGAAUUAGCCAGCCACAGCCCCGGCCCCUCUGCCGAAUUAGCCAGCAACGGCACCGGCCCCUCUGCCAAAUUUGCCGUGCAUCCACUCACCACGGCACAGCUGAUAACGCCCACCACCCCGACGCUGGCAACGGAGGAGCCGGUUGGCUCGGUGUCUCCAUCUGCCCUUCCCGCUGUGGAGGCCACCGUGUCAUCUGGCCCAGCCGGGGCGACGGCAGCGGGUGGAGAAAAGUCCGACAUGUAUCUGAAUCGAGAAGAACUGAAGGGGCAAGUGGGCACGGUACCAGGGAGCCCAAGUCCGCGGCAGGAGAACCAGACAGUGCCAGGCAGGAGCGGGCAGAGCAAGAGCGCCCCCACGGAGCCCGCCAAGCCAGAGGACGCCGAUCGGGGCGGACACAACCGGACCGUGCCAGCCAGCCCCGACAGGACCGGACACAACCGGACCGUGCCAGCCAGCCCCGACAGGACCGGACACAACCGGACCGUGCCAGCCAGCGCCGAUCGGGGCGGACACAACCGGACCGUGCCAGCCAGCCCCGACAGGACCGGACACAACCGGACCGUGCCAGCCAGCCCCGACAGGACCAUACCAGCCAGCGCCGAUCCGACCGGCCACAACCGGACCGUGCCAGCCAGCCCCGACAGGACCAUACCAGCCAGCGCCGAUCCGACCGGACACCCCGGGGAGGACCAGACCACCCCCAAACUCUCACCCUCUGCCCUACCCUCCACCCCGCCUGUCAAGAAUCAGGAGCCCGAGUUCAAGGCCUUGAUUACGACGCCAGCCGCUCCAGCCCCCAUCCCGCACCCGGUGCCCGUGGGCCUGGUCGUGCCGCUCGUCAUCGUGGCCGUCCUGCUGCUGGCCCUGCUCCUCCUGGUGCUGCAUUGUCGGCGCCAGAGUCGCUCCGGCUCCACCAGCUUCAGCACCGGGCGGGCGGGGCCCAGCGCGUGGGCGGGGCCGGUGAGCCUGCCGGAGGAGCGGGGCGAGGGGCAGGCCGGGGACGGGGGGCAGCCGGCCGGGCCGGGCGAAGCCAGGCGGCCCACGCUCACCACGUUCUUCGGGAAGCGCCACUCCCGGGUGUCCUCGGUGGCCAUGGAGGACGUGGCCAGGGCGAAGGGCGAGGGGCCCCUUUCGGAGCCCCUGCUGGCCGCGGGGGAGCAGGGGAGCGAGCCCGCGACACAGGGGGCAGGGGAAGCCAAUGGGACAGUGCCCGUGAUGCCCGGACCCCCCUCGCCCCCCCCGGACCCCCCUGCCAACGGGGAAUUCCCCCUGCCCCCCCCCAUGGAGCAGGAAGCCAUGCCCCCUGUGUAAGCCCCACCCCCAAUCGCCUGCCCCGCCCACGGCGCCCCCCUGCUGGAAUAGCCAGGAGCUCCCCCCACAGCCAGCAUCCCCCCCUCCUCCCCACAGCGCCCCCUGCUGGGCGAGGCCAGGCUGGAGUAGCCGGGAGCUCCCCCCACAGCUGGCAUCCCCCCUCCUCCCCACAGCGCCCCCUGCUGGGCAAGGCCAGGCUGGAGUAGCCGGGAGCUCCCCCCACAGCCGGCAUCCCCCCUCCUCCCCACAGCACCCCCUGCUGGGCGAGGCCGGGGCUGGAAUAGCCUGGAGCUCCCCCCACAGCCAGCACCCUGCCCCCUCCCCACAGCACCCCCUGCUGGGCGAGGCCGGGGCUGUUUCCGUCUGCCCACCCAGACAAUGGCGGAUUCCUUGUCUCUCUUGCUCAAGUCUUUCUUUGUUUCUUUUGCAAGAUUUUCUGCUGUCCCUAGCCACAAAUUUCCUGUUUAUGAUUCACUCUUUGAGUCCAUUUGAAUUCAGAGUGAAGGGUUUAGGGUGUGAACAGAAUAGAACCCAGGAGUCCUGGCUCCCAGCCCCACCCCCCUCCCAUCCCCUGGUGUAACCCACAAGACGGCGCUCCCCUCCCGGAGCGGGAAUAGAAACCAGCAGGGCAGCCCGGGAGUGGAGCUGGGGGGGCCCAGGGCCGGGCUCGCGGGGGGCUGCGGGUCGGGAGUGAGGGGCACCGGCAGAGCUGGGGGUGUGAUUGUGGUUCAGGGCAGGAUGCUCAUGUCUCUUGGCUCGUCACAAUUUCCUUUUGACUCACUCUGAGGACUUGGGUAAUUAACGGCUGAAUUUGCUACAGGAAGGAUGGCUCUGUGGGUGCCCCUCACUCCCGACCCGCAGCCCCCUGCCAUCCCAGCCCUCACCCCCCAGCUCUGCCGGUGCCCCCCGCUCCCGACCCGCAGCCCCCUGCCAUCCCAGCCCUCACCCCCCAGCUCUGCC